AUGGCGAAUAAGUUUGGAUUAGGUUCUUUACCUUUAGAUACUAAAAAACCUAACAUUACAGCAUGGAUAAAUAAAGCGAAAGCUUACUUUGUGGAUCAAAUCGGAGACACUCUUCAAGAGGUGGCAGGUUUAAUAAGUUUUAUUCAAAAACAAUUAGUCAACGUAGUGAACAAAACUGAGUUACAAAAUUUAGUUUCAUUAAUAUCUAAAUUAGAUGAUAAGAUUACAAAACAAAAAUUCGACAUUCAACAAUUAAUAGAUAACAUUCCAGAGGAAAAUGAAGAUACGUUUCAACAGGAAUUAAAUGCUCUGGAAACUAAACUUAACAGUGAAUUCCAAAAAGAACUAAGAAAUAAUAAACAACAAAUACAAAACAUAGAUGAUAGCGAAAUCAAAACCUAUAUUCAACAACAAAUACAAAACAUAGAUGAUAGCGAAAUCAAAACCUAUAUUCAACAACAAAUACAAAAUAUUGAUGAUAGUGAAAUUAAAACCUAUAUUCAACAACAAAUACAAAAUAUUGAUGAUAGUGUUAUUCAACAACAGAUAACCACUAUUAAUAACGUAGUUUUAAAACAGGACAAAAAUAUAGUCGCAUUAGAAAAGUAUCUCAAGAAAGAAAAUAAAUCAUAUCAUUUCAAUCUUCCAUUUGGAAAUUUGGGUGGUGGUGGUUCUGUUACUGAUAAUAUUGAUAGAUCAAAAGACUAUGAAUAUAAAAAAUACGGAUUUAAAGUAAAUAUAAUCUACCAAUUAUGA